AAGAAGCGCCGCCGCUCGGAGGAAAUCAUCGUUUUAACCGAAUUGAAACGAACUGCCGAGUUUCUCCUUCGUAUAACCCCGGUAAUACAUCCAGCAAACCGACCCGGUUCGACCAGAACACGCUCCGCACUCCGUCAUGGCGCAGGAGAACAUUUUCCUCUUCGUUCCUAAUUUAAUAGGUUACGCCCGUGUGGUUCUGGCCCUGCUGGCCUUCUACCUGAUGCCCUGCUGUCCAUGGCCCGCCGUCUUCUGCUACCUGCUCAGCGCUCUGCUAGACGCCUUCGAUGGCCACGCUGCCCGAGCCCUCAACCAGUCCACUAAGUUUGGAGCGAUGAUGGACAUGCUGACGGAUCGAUGUGCCACCAUGUGUCUGCUGGUCAACCUGUCGCUGCUCUACCCUUCAUACACCUUCCUGUUCCAGAUCAGCAUGUGUCUGGACAUCGCCAGCCACUGGCUCCACCUGCACAGCUCUACGAUAAAAGGAUCAUCGAGUCACAAGACCAUCGACCUCUCCGGUAACCCCGUCCUCAGGAUCUACUACACCUCCAAGCCGGUGCUGUUCGUGAUGUGCGCCGGAAACGAACUCUUCUUCUGUCUGCUUUACCUUCUGCAUUACAUCGAGGAACCUGCGGCGUGGCUCUACUGGCUGCAGGGACUCUGUGGAACCAUCUGCCUGCUCAAGUCCGGCAUCAGUCUGCUGCACCUCAUCACCGCCUCGCAGAACAUGGCCGCCAUGGACGCCGCCGAGCGAGAGAAGGGCGCCAAGACGCAGUGAGAGGUCAGGAGGAGGCUGGACGGCAGCAAACCCACCAUGUUGUGUUUUUUUUUUUUAUUUAUUCUGAUGCUCUGAAGGGGAAACGGUUGAUGUGAGCUGACAAGACGUGAAGUUUGUCAAAGAAAGAAAAGACGAUUUGUGACCAAACAUGAGAAAAUUCCACAUAAGGGCAGGAGAGUUUACCAGAGUUCACCGUUCAUGUUUCUGAGCUCUGAUUCAUUUUACAAGCAAACAGCGAUGAUUUCUGUCAGGAAAUAAUAAUAACAGCAGCACAUAUAUGACAUGAUGUUCUGCUGCAUUUAUGGGCUGUUAGUGUCCCAGUUUGUGACUCUUCUGUAUUAUUAUUAUUACAUUUAGGCCACAGAUUUGUCCAUUUAUGCCUCACUUGUCUGUAUUAAUGUUAUUUUCCAUUAGAGCUGAAACAACCAGUCGAUUAAUAAUUGAUUAAUUGGCAAAAAAAAAUAAAAAUGUCUUUCAGUGUCUGGUUGCAGCUUCACAGUGAACUGUGCAACAUGAACAUUCUGUCAUUUUAACGACCAGACUGUGACGAAUUCGACCUGUAAGUAGCUAAUAAUUAAUUUGAUUUAUACUAUGUUGGUUUUAGAGCUGUUGUUCCUGGUAGGUUUUUAAAACCUUAAUCCAACUAACAUGACACAACAUAACACAUCGUGCACAACUUCUAAUUAAACAGCAGGACUUAAUUCCGAUUCAUUCUGAUUUAAUUUGACACAGAAAGUCUGAACCUGACGUGAAAUCAACAGUCUGCUUGUAAAAUGUAAAGUGUAGGAGCUCAGAAGAUGUGAGCAGGCCGACGCCGCGUUUUCACAUCAUUUUAUUUCCAAAAAUCCAUUUUUUGUGUGUGUGAAGCUGCUCGUGUUUUUAUUAGCCAGCUGUUAAUUCAUCUGCUGCCUGAAGAGACGCAAGAAGACGACAAUCAAACCGACGCAGAUAUCAGAUUCGUUUAGAAAAGAGGCAGACGCUAAAAAUGACAGCUGGAUAUUUAGAAUACGUUUCUCACACAUCUGACAGAGAGAGAUUUGUUGGAAGGCGUCGCUUCAGUCUCAGAAAAGGAAGAUCAACGUUUAUUGAUCUUACCGAGUGCCAACAGUGUUUUGAUGCUCUUGGUGGGAUUUCUCCCGGUUUACUGUACAUUUAGGAGUCACACAUUUAUGAAAUCUUCUCUGAGCUUCACUCCUUCUGAUACGGCACUGUUCAUUCCUCAGUCAGUGCUGAUAAAAUUCUUUGCAGAUCAGUUAUUAAUCAGAUCCUGGUUAUAUAUAUAUCAGUCGUUAGACAACCUACAGAAAAAUCAUCUGUAACUUUUUUAUUUUAGCAUUUUCAAGGAAAAAAUGCCCCAAAUGUGCUAAAAACUUGCUCGUCUUUUUGUCUCACAUGAUGUAAAGUUAAAUAUGUUUGGACAAAACAGGACAUGUGGAAAGCAUUUUGAAGCUAUUUUGGAAGUUUUACGGACCAAAUGAUUAACCGAGAGCAUAAAUCACAUCGAUAAACAUCUGGAUGUCGUUUCCAAAAGCUCAAACAAUCCAGGAUUUUCUCGAUGGAUUGAGGAGCAAACAAAACCCGACAAACCACCGGCUUCUAACUAACCUAUAAAACAACUGUUUAAAAAAACACCCAUAUUAUAAUAAGACAUUUUUAUCUAUUAUUAUUCACAUCUACAGCUCCAUCUAUUCGCUUCACCUGUGUCACACUGUAACUAGAACAUGAAUACUUGCAAGAGUUGGAGAAUAUAGCGCAUUAAUCACCUAAAUUGGAGAUCCAGCAGGUUGAAACAAGCACAAUGAUCCUUUAAAACCAUAAGUUUGAUCUAAAAGCACCUCAUAAAUGGUGACUUACUAGAAACCUCGUCCUGCUUCAUUUCCUGCAUCCAGACAGUCAGCAUAAAAACAUACUUAAACAAAAAUAUCCACCUUUAUUCCUUAUUUGUUUAGUUUUUAUUCAUCUUUUUGGAACCUGUGUCCCUGAAAUCGACCAAACAAACUGCAGCUUUCAC